CAAGGAAUCUGAACAAAAAAAGUCACAUUUGUUGCGUUUGUUUGCGUAAAAAUCGUGAGCUUCAAUUUAGUUCUCAAGUGAAUCUGUGCUGUGAUAUUUAAUUAUAAAAAGGAGCGAAAAUGGAUUCUUCCGAGUCCCGUUCUAAAAUAUUCAUUAAUCCGGAUUUCCGUAAAGCCCAUAUCAAUCGAAAUUUCCUGCCACAAAUUUUACCUACUGCUGCAACUGUACCCACCGCAUCACUCGGAGCUCCCGCUGCGCCCCUAGCACCAAACCAUGUUCUUCCCGUAUCAAGUGUUCCUCACAUUCAUUUUAAUCCCGCUUUUCUAGCAAAGAUGCACCUUCAAAGGCAACAGCAAGCCCAACUUUCCUUGGGAGAGGAAGUUACGCCUGAGAUGACCUUGAAACCUACAGCGAUGACGCAUGUAAAUCCCAUUAUCAAAUCCACGAGUCGGAAGUUGAUAAGGGCAUCGUCUACAAAGCCACAAGUGGUUGCUCCAUCCCAGCAGGCAACCUCCCUGGCACCUCUUGUGAAAAUAAGUAAGAACAAAUUGGUCAGAUCAGGAACUACGUUUACUAGGGCAACCGUGUCCUCGGUAGGCAAACUUACAAUGCAACCACCUUCUGCUAGGGUGGUAGAAAAACGGUAUAAACUGGUCAAUAAGACCAGCCAAUUGUACAAACUUGAUAGGCGACCUGGAUUUUCACAAACCAUAGCGAAACAUAAACCAACGAUCAAAAAAUAUUCCCUUGUUAGAGGCAACUGCAUCAGUCCCCAGAAAGUCAUCGUUACGGAUAGGCGUUUGUUGAAACUGAAGCGAACUAAGUCCCCUGCUAAAUCAGGCAUUGGUGCCUCCAAACCCCAGUUGUCUUUUGCUUCGCCCAAUAAAAAGUUAGUUAUAGUUAACAUCAACGGAGUAUUGUACCGUUCGUCAGCCAACAAGCUGCAACUCUCGUCAACGUCGACCCAUAAGCCAGUCGCAAACGUCUUGAAAUCCACGUCCGUCUCUAAGGAACGCAGCCUCACGAUACGUGGAACACGAUUUUUGCUCGACUCUAGCGGUACCAAACUGCGGAAGGCUCCCAGCUCGGCAACCGAAUGCGCUGAACCACGGCUGGCUCGCAUCGAUAUUGGCGGUCUGACAUAUCGACCCAAAACGGAUGGCACGUUCGUGCGGACCGAUUCCCACCGUGCGAGAACACAUUUGAGUUCUGCAAAACAGAAAAGCAUCCACGUGCUGUCCAGCAAGAUGAAAAAAUGCAACGUUCCGUGUCAGAUCUAUCGGCGACUUGGAAAAUGUUCCGCCUACCAGCGUGGUAAAUGUCCAAAGUUGCAUGAUCCUAAGCACAUAAUCAUUUGCUCCAGAUUCCUCCGAGGAGAAUGCACCAAUCCGGAUUGCCUGUUGUCGCAUAAUGUAUCGCUGGAGAAGAUGCCGGUGUGCCACUUUUUCCUUGAGGGUCGUUGCGAUCGGAACGAUUGUCCGUACCUGCAUAAGAAGGUUAGCGAGAAGGAACGGAUUUGCGAGGACUUUCUCAAAGGAUUUUGCCCACUGGCUGAUAAGUGUCAAUUUCGUCACGAGUUUGCCUGUCCUGAGUUUGAUAGGUCUGGUCAGUGCUCCAAGGCAAAGUGUCCCUAUCCGCAUGCACGCAAGGAAGAGAAACGGAAUUUGAAGACGAUUCCCUUGGAAGAACCCGUGAUGUAUGAAAAGGGCAAGAAACCAGUAGAAGUGUCGUUGAGUGAAGUGGAAGUUAGCGCUCCACCAGUGAGGCGUUAUUAUCUAGGGAAUCCAGAAACGUCCCACGAUAGUGAUAAGUGCUUAAGUGAUGCUCAGAAACGGCAACUUAAACGAAUGCUGGAUAAGGUCGAGAAAAUGAAACAGGGGCACACGGAAGAAGAUUUGAGUGCCAAUGAAAAAAGUGGAAAAAAUGAUGACAAAAUGGCAGGCAAGUGUAAAGAAGAGAUAAGUGAAAUGAGUGAUUCAGAGAAUGAUGAAAGUGAAGAUGGGGAUAAAAGACCCCCUAUUCUUAGACGAGCUCGAUUGGGCACGUUACCAUCUUUUAUCCCCAUUUAAGCUACAUUUUUAUUUAUGCUCUCGUAGUUUAGUAAACUGAAUUUUAAACUUAAGAUAAAACGUGUUAAUGCUCAGCUUCAAUUCAACUUUUGGUAGUUUAUGUUUAAGAACAAAUGGCUCAUCCAUUAUUUUUAAGUGAAUUGAAGCAGCAAUUUGCAUUUGACUGUUUAUAUAAAUUCAAUUUUAAGAAAUCAAUAAAGAAGAUCAUUGGAAAA